AUGCUUCGACGCGCGGCGGCGCGCGCGUCGAGCUGGACUCGCGCGUCCGCGCGGCGCGGGUUCGCGUCCAAGUCCGACGGGCCCGGCGACGCGUCGCCGUCGUCGGUCGCGCGAUCGUCUUCUUCGAAUGCUCCGCCGGCGCCCGCGUCGUCUUCGUCGUCGUCGUCGUCGUCCAACGCCGCCGCGCGCGCGGCGGCGGCGGCGCCGGAGGCGUCGCCCGAGGAGCUCAUCCGCGCUGGAAAGCCCCUGAACCUCUCCCAGAGCGCGGAGCUCCUGUUCGACGACGCGACGCCGCGCGCGCGCGGGGGUCGACGCGCCGACGGCACGUUCACGCUGGAUUGGCACCUGUGGCACGCGUUCCUCGCGGCGCUCCCGGCCGCGGCCGCGCUCGCGUACGCGCAGCACGUGAAGACGACGGACGGGUGGAAGAAACACGAGGAGAAGCUGCGGGGCGCCGGCGGCGACGCGGGGGGCGCGCUUCGAGCCCUCGCGGGAGGCGGCGGCGGCGGCGGCGAGGGCGGCGGCGACGCGUCGUCGUUGUCGUCGUCGUCGUCGUCGUCGAACGACGACGACCUGCGGCGAACGGUCGCGUCGCUUCAGCGCCAGGUUCAGGAGCUCGCGUCUAGGAUCGCCGGCGACGGCGACGCGGGGGUCGCCGCGGAGGGGGAGAUGACCGCGCGCGCGGCGGCGACGGCGGCGGCGGCGGCAGCGGCGACGUCGGCGGCGGCGGGAGGGCGGGCCGCGACGUCGUCGACGUCUUCCGCCGCGGGCGAGGACGGCGCGACGGGCGAGGGGAAUAGAAGGCAUUUAGUAGGCAUAUCGCGCGAGUGGUGGCGGCGACGGCGGCGGCGCGGCGGCGAGGAGUAG